AUGGCUCGUACCAAGCAGACUGCUAGAAUAUCCACCGGAGGAAAAGCUCCGAGGAAGCAAUUAGCGCCAAAAGCGGCGAGACAAUCUGCACCAGCAACGGGAGGAGUGAAGAAGCCACACAGAUUCCGUCCAGGAACUGUUGCGUUGAGAGAUAUUAGGAAAUACCAAAAGAGUACCGAGAUUUUGAUCAGAAAGCUUCCGUUUCAGCGACUUGUUCGUGAGAUCGCUCAAGAUUUCAAAACGGAUCUGAGGUUUCAGAGCAGUGCCGUCGCUGCUCUCCAGGAAGCUGCUGAGGCUUACCUUGUUGGGUUAUUCGAAGAUACAAACCUCUGUGCGAUUCACGCAAAGAGGGUGACGAUCAUGCCUAAAGAGAUCCAAUUAGCGAGAAGGAUUAGAGGUGAGAGAGCUCGAGGAGAGUGAUGAUUUUGUUGUUCUGCGAACUGGGAUUUCAUGGGUUUUUCGAUUUACGGAUUUGGGUUUAUGUAAGUUUCGAUCUUUGCUGCUUUGGAAUGUCUUGUAGGUUGGUUAGUUAAUGCUUUUAUUUGCAGCUAAGGUGUUUGUGGAAAUUCCCCAAUGAAACUUGUAAUGUUCAAUACAAUCCUUACUUUGGUUCUC